GAAACUAACCUAUACUUGACUAGCUAUUUUUGAUAAUGUAUUGAAAACAUGUAUUGAAAUAAAAAACAAUGAUUAUAAAAUAAAAUUUGCCCAUUAUAAAUAGACUGAACAAAAAUAUUAAACAUUCACUUAUGUUAAUAUUUCUAUAAAUAUGUCAAGUUUUACGAAUGAAAGUGUAUAUACUCAUACGUUUACGCCUAAAGAAUAUCAAGUUGAAUUGUUGGAGUCAGCUAAGAAAAAAAAUACAAUAAUAUGCUCCAGUACAAGUUCUUCAAAAGCAUUUAUUGUGGUUAAGUUAUUGCAAGAAUAUUCAUGGCAGAUGAGACAGGAACGUGGUAAAAAGGCGUUAUUUAUUUUAGAUCCUCAAAAUGUUCCUAUAAUGACGUCUCACGUUAAAUAUUUAACCGACUUGAAGUGUAUAAGUAUUACUAGAAUAACUACAGAAAUUGAAUUAGAAGACUUAUUUCAAAGAUAUCAAGUAAUUAUAUCAACUGCAGAAAUAUGUAUUGAAAUGGUACAUUCAUGUCUAAUAGCUGAUUUCUCUGUAUUUAAUUUACUUGUUAUUGAUGAUUGCCUCUAUGGACAAAGACAGUCCCUUAUUAAAGUUAUUAUGAAUAAAUACAACAAUUUACCUGAAGGUUAUAAACCACGUAUACUGGGUUUAACUACAGGAUUACUUAGCUCUGAGUUACAGCCAGACAGAUUAGAAGCAGAACUAUCAAGAUUAGAAAAAUUAUUAAAUUCAGACGUAGACACUUCAUCUGAAAUAGUUACUUUGAUAAGAUUGUCAUGUAGACCCCAUGAAACUGUGAUAGAAUGUCCUAAGUCACAAGUGAGUAGCUUACAAAAUGAAAUUAAGAAGAUAGUACAAGGAACCAUAGAUUUUUUACAUGAUCAUAGAUAUGAUCCUAGUGAAAUAUAUGAUGAUGAUUUAUUAGAAGAAUUUAAACAAGUUCCUGAUCCACGUAUUGUACCAUUAGAAUUACUACAUAAUUUCCUGGAAAUACUCGAAGAUAUGGGCCCAUGGUGUGCAGAUAAAGCUGCACUAUACAUAUUGUCAAAAAUUGAAAAGCUCAAAGUGAAAGUACCGUAUGAACGCCAUUAUCUUUUGUUAUGUAUGACAUCUUCUACAUUGAUAUCUGUUAGAGCUACAUGCGAAUAUUUAUUUGAAAAUUCUGAAGAGCUGGAUAUAUUAAAAAAGUAUUCAACACAAAAAGUAUUAAAGUUUAUUGAAAUCUUGAAACAAUUUAAACCUCCAGGGGAUAAACCACCAAUAAAAGAGAAAAGUCCAGAUGAAAGUUCUCCAGUAAAAUUCAAGGGUAGAGGCAAAGGACCUAGGAGACCUCUUUUUCAAAGACCACUAACUGAAGAUAAUUUGUGUUCUUUAAUCUUUGUUCAUAAUGGAUAUAAAGCAAAAACAUUGUUUGCUUUACUUUGUACUCUUUCUCAAGAAGAUCCUGACUUCUGGUGGAUUUCAGCUUUAUUUACAGUAGAAAAAGUAGCAGAUACAAUAAGUGAACCUAAAGAGGCUGAAAACGAGCAUAAAACACAAGAAGAAGUUCUCAAAAAAUUUAGGUGUCAUGAAUGUAAUAUAUUAGUGUCAACGUCUGUACUAGAACAAGGCUGUGAUUUACCAAAGUGCAACUUAGUUAUUAGAUUUGAUUUACCCAAAAAUUUUCAUAGUUAUAUUCAAAGCAAGGCAAGAGCUAGAGCAUCUGAUGCUCAUUAUAUCCUUUUUGCAAAUAUAGAUCAAAUUAACAUGUUUGUUGAGGACUUGGCUGAAUAUAAUGAAGUUGAAAAUACUUUGCUGAGAAGAUGUUAUAGUUUAGAACCUAAUAAACAAGAAGAGAUAAUAGCAGAUCUAUACAGUCAUUUAUGCACACCCUAUAAACCAUUACCAGAUGAUGGAGCACCUAGUAUUACUUUAACCAAUGCAAUAUCGUUACUUAAUAAAUAUUGUGCUAAGUUACCCAGUGAUACUUUCACAAGGCUCACACCAAUAUGGAGUGAGGAGCAAACCUCUUGUGGAAAGUUCGUUGUCCAUUUGAGACUCCCAAUUAACUCACCUGUCAAGCAAACUAUUUCUAGCCCACCAAUGCCAAAUAGUUUGCUCGCUAGAAGAGCAGUAGCUUUCAUGGUGUGCCGCCAACUUCACAAAACUUGUGAACUUGAUGAUUAUUUGCAACCUAUCAACAAAGAAAAUUUUAAAGCUACAGAAGAUGAUUGGGUUAACUUUGCUUUGGAUGAACCUGAUGAUGAAAACUUGGACGUUCGACCUGGUACUACUAAACGUAGACAGUAUUAUAAUAAAAGGAUAGCAGAUGCAUUAUUGAAUUGUCACCCCGUAGUGGGAGAACCAACAUACUUUUAUAAAAUUGUUAUGACUUUAACUUGUCCUUUGCCUGAAGAGCAAAACACAAGGGGUAGAGAAAUUUAUCCUCCUGAGGAUUCUCCUUUAGGAUUUGGAAUUCUCACAUCGAAAAGGAUUCCAAAGAUAAGUGCCUUUCCUAUUUUCACCAGAUCAGGUGAAGUUAGUGUGGACUUAGAACUAAUAUCUACAAAUCUGGUUUUAACUGAAGAGCAAAUAAAAAAAACUAGAGAGUUUGUAAACUAUACUUUUACAAGUGUGUUGCGAUUACAAAAGUAUUUGAUGCUGUUCAAUCCAGAUGCUUCAUCUAAUAAUUAUUUAAUCGUUCCGACAAUCAAAAGGGAUAAUGCAGUAAAAGUCAAUUGGAAAUUUAUAAAUUUGAUAUUCACUCUUCUAAACAGGAUUCCAGCAUUCAUACCUGAUGAAAAAAGAGCUAACUACAUUUUUAAUCCUGAGCUCUACAGAGAUGCUGUAGUCAUGCCAUGGUAUCGUAACCAGGACCAACCUCAGUAUUUUUAUGUAGCAGAGAUGUGUUCCAAGUUGAAUCCUACCUCUGCUUUUCCAGGAUUAGAAUAUGCGACUUUUGAGGAGUAUUAUAAAAGAAAAUAUGGAAUUCAGAUUCAAAAUCUGACUCAGUGUUUGUUGGAUGUAGAUCAUACUUCUGCACGUUUGAAUUUCCUCACUCCAAGAUAUGUAAACAGAAAAGGAGUAGCACUGCCUACAAGUAGUGAAGAAACAAAAAGAGCUAAAAGAGAAAACCUUGAACAGAAGCAAAUAUUAGUUCCGGAACUAUGUGCUAUUCACCCUUUUCCUGCUUCUCUGUGGAGGAAAGCUGUAGCUUUGCCUUGUGUAUUAUAUAGAAUCAAUGCUUUACUUCUAGCAGAUCAGAUCAGAAGAACUGUAGCUAGUGCUUUAAAUUUAGGCAUAUGUGAAUUACCUAAAGAAGUUAAAUGGCCAUCAUUGAAUUUUGGAUGGAACUUAUCUGAUGUACUGAAAAAAUCCCGUGAAGAAGAGAUGCGUAAGCAGCAAGAAAAGUUACUAGUAGCUGAACUCCAUUUAGAAGAAAAACUACCCUCAUUAAAAAUAACCGAAAUAAAAUCAGAUGAUGAUUUUGAAAAUGGCGUCAAUGAUACAGAUGAUGAAUGCAAUAGUCUUGUAGAAAUGAGUACCAAAUGUGAUGACAAAUGGAUAGAGAUAGGGACUUGGUCUAAUGAAAUGGCAGGAACUAUGGAUUGUAAUGGAAGUUCUUCCUUAAUUCGUUAUGCUUCACCAACUAGUUGGUUGCAGUCAGAUAAUAACUAUGAUGAUUUUUCUGACAGUGAAUCAGAAAUACUUCAGGAUGAUUCUGAUUCAGAGUGGGGAGGUUUAAGGAUUGAGUUUACAGGAGAUAAUCAAGCAGAAGCUUUGGAUGAUGAGGAUGAUGACAAUGAAGACAAAGUAUUUAAAUUAUACAAUAAUAUUGAUGCUUGGAAGAUUGAAGAAGAAAGUGUGCAAACUGAUUUGUUAAGAAAGGAAUUUCAUGAAGCAUGUUCCAAUAAUAAACACUAUAUACUAUCUAGUGGAAUAUUAGUAAAGGCUGACAAUGUUUUUGACAAAACUAUUUUAAAAGAUAAAGAAGAUAAAAUAGUUUAUACAAAUAAUAUCGAUAAGAAUGUUGAUUUUUCUUUGCUGUACAAAGAUAAUAGAAACAAUUCAGUAUUAGAUGAGAAUAUUAUAUCUAAUCAAUAUAUUAAUGAGUAUGAUAUAUCUGAAGAACUAUCUUUUAGUUUUGAUGAACAACCUAACUUAGCAGACCAUCCUGGACCUAGCCCAAAUGUUCUUUUGCAAGCUUUAACUAUGUCUAAUGCAAAUGAUGGAAUUAACUUGGAAAGGCUGGAAACUAUUGGUGAUUCUUUUUUAAAAUACGCCAUAACAAAUUAUUUAUAUUCCAAAUAUGAAAAUGUACAUGAAGGAAAACUCAGUCAUUUGCGAUCAAAACAAGUUAGUAACUUGAAUUUGUAUCGUUUGGGAAGAAGAAAGUGCUUAGGAGAAUUCAUGAUAGCUACCAAAUUUGAUCCACAUGAUAAUUGGCUGCCUCCUUGCUUCUAUGUCCCGAAACAAUUGGAAGAAGCCCUAAUAGAUGCACAAUAUCCUGCAAACUGUUGGUCAGUUGCUGACAUGGCUGCAACUAGAAAUAUGAGUUUAGAUGAUAUUUGUGUAAUGGUACGUGAACGUGGAGAAGGCUUUGCUUUAACCAAUUCCAUUCCCUAUAAUCUAGUCACUCAACAUAGUAUACCUGACAAAAGUAUAGCAGAUUGCGUGGAGGCGGUUAUAGGAGCUUAUUUAAUUGAAUGUGGUCCCCGUGGUGCUCUGCUAUUCAUGGCUUGGUUGGGAAUUAGAGUUUUACCAAAAUUAACAGAUGGUACAUUUGGAGAAAUUAAAUUGCCUCGAUCGCCACUCCUUAGAAAUAUACCCGAUCCCGAAGGGGAGUUAGAAAGACUGCUAGAUGGAUAUGAUAAAUUUGAAAAACACAUUGGAUAUAAGUUUAGAGAUCGGUCGUACUUAUUGCAAGCGAUGACACAUGCGUCAUAUUUCCCUAAUCAUCUCACUGAUUGUUAUCAACGAUUAGAAUUUUUAGGAGAUGCUGUUCUAGAUUAUUUGAUUACUAGACAUUUAUACGAAGAUCCCAGGAUGCACUCGCCUGGUGCUUUGACAGAUUUGAGAUCGGCGUUAGUUAAUAAUACCAUUUUUGCAUCAUUGGCUGUGAGAAAUAACUUUCAUAAGUAUUUCAAGCAUUUAUCUCCAGGUCUUAAUGAGGUUGUGGAGAGAUUUAUAAGACUGCAAGAAGAAAGUGGUCAUUCUUUAGUAGACGAAUUGUAUUUAGUAAUAGAAACAGAAUGCGAGGAAGUAGAAGAUGUAGAAGUACCAAAAGCCUUAGGUGAUGUGUUUGAAUCUGUUGCAGGUGCUAUAUUUUUGGAUUCUGGUAUGUCUUUAGAUGCUGUAUGGAAAGUGUAUUACAGAAUGAUGAAAUCGGAAAUAGAACAAUUUAGUAACAAAGUUCCAAAAUCUCCUAUUAGGGAAUUAUUAGAACUUGAGCCAGAAACCGCUAAAUUUGGUAAACCUGAAAAGUUGGCAGAUGGGAGAAGGGUUAGGGUUACUGUGGAAGUAUUUGGCAAAGGAUUGUUUAAGGGCAUUGGAAGAAACUAUAGGAUUGCUAAGUGUACAGCUGCCAAAUGUGCUUUAAAACAUCUUAAACGGAGGGGUUUACUUAAAAAAAGUGACAAUUAAUAUAUUUUAUCAUAUUUGUAUAUAUGAGCAAACUGCAUUUUUUGUUUUUCCACAACAUAAGCCCACAUUUAUACAUUAUGUUAAAAUAAGUGCUAUGAUAGUCCAAGAGAGCUACAUGAAACAGCAUCGAUUUGGUACACGCUGUUUGAGUUUGCAAAUCGCUAGAUAAAAGUUAAUUAAUCACCAAACAGCUUCUGGCGAGGGUUCUCCGACCAGCCCUAUUUCUAUCAUUACUGCACCGCUCUUAGUUAAGGUCCCCAAAUAAAUAUGAAAAAAGUUUUACUCGUGGACCUCGUCGGUUUUUCGGUAUGGAUUUUCUGGAACUUUGUGUCGAUUCUGGCUGGGGUAUACCAACCAGAAACUGGGAACGAGGCUUGAAAUCGGGCGCGCUGUACCAAAAUGAAAAUACUCAACGAGUUUUCAUCGUAUCAGGGUGGUUUUUUUUAUUUGGGGUAGCAAAAAGAUAUAUUUUGAAUGGCGUUUUGAAAUGUAAAGACUACGUCGACAUUGUUCGAAGGUAUUCCGACCUGCUACAUUUCUUGCACUAUUUCACCGCUCUCAGUUGAGGACCCUUAAAGCAGAUAAAACAAUUUUCACGCGUGCACCACAUCAUUUUUUUCUAAGGAAUUUUCCGAGCUCUCGAUCGCUUCUGGCGAGCGUUUUCCGAACAGCCCGAUUGAUCAUGUUGCAGCACCGUUCUUAAUUAAAGUCCCGAAAAAAAUAUGAAAAAAGUUUCGAUAUCGAUUUUCCUUUGAGUCGCUUCUGGCAAGGGUUUUCCAACCAGAUAAAUUUCUGGCACUAUUGCACCGCUCUAACUUGAGGUUCCUGAAGGUAGUAUGAAAAAACUUUAACGCGUGUCCCCUAUCAUUUUUUCCGGCAUAUUUCUCGUCGUAGAAAACAGGCUGCCAUUCCGAUUUGCGGCCAGAACGAACAGCCAGAAGUACCGUUUGGUGAUGAACUAACUGUUAUCUAGCAGUUUGCAAACUCAAACGGCGUGUACCAAAUCGAUGUUGUUUUAUGUAUAUUUUAUUUACGUUUAAAUAGUCAAUUUGCAAUUAAGGCUUGUAGGAAGAGUUAUUACUUCCUAUAAAUUUUUGAUAAUUUUAUUUCUUUAUCAUGUAUCAACCGGUAAAUAAGAUAAUUAUUAUAUAUCAUCCCUCUAAUAGUUCCAUAGCAUGUGGUUUAUAGAUUUCGCAGCUACAUAGGACGUAAAAUAACUAAGCAUGAUGUUGGCCUUAUGUUGUGAAAAAAAUUUAAUAUUAAUUUUAAAAACAAAGCAAUUGGACAAAAUAAUAAACAAAAAAUGUUUGUUUUGAUAUGAUUAAAAAAAGUAUUAAUAAUCUAGUCAAACUGUUUUUAACAAGAAAGUUGUAAGGUAGUUUUGUCUACUUUCCUCUUGAAUAAUUUUUGUAUUUUAAAUUUGUAUUUGAGCUUCUCUCAUAUUUGCCGCUAGUCUUUUUCGAAUAUGAAUCAUGGGACUAAAACAAAGUAUUUGAUUGAAAUAAAUUUUUCGUUUUGUCCUUGAGUUUUUACUAAAACAAAUUCAAUCUUUAAACUUUAUUAAAAACUAAGGUAACUGAAAAAGAAGAGCUAUCAAAAUCUAUCUCAUGAUUCUAAAUUCAUACAGUAGGGUGGAACUUGAAUAUAACAAAAAAAUCUAGUUUUUUGUUUUGACUUAAUACUAAAAUAAAUGUUCAUUGUUGUUCGUCCUCUGGUGCCGUAAAGGUGUUAAUAUUUGAUAACGUAGCAGAAAAAUACCGAAACUUAAAAAAAACACAGCUUGCUCGUAACAAGAGAAAUAUUACCUAGAAGUCAUCACGAGGAUUUGGCUGCGUCUCGACAUCCAUUUACCUCCUACUCUUUAAAAAACAUAUGUGUUUAAUCUGACUAAUUAACAACCAUUUUGUAAUCUUUUUUGGUUUCAAACCAAAACCAUCUCUAGCUUCAUACAACUAGUGACAAUUUUGACACAUCCCCACCAUGAAAAAUCUGGGGCAUCUCCCAUCUGAACUAUUUUCUUAAUUUCUUCAUUGGUUAAUCGAGACAAGAUUGGAGAUUCAGUGCAUUCGCAAUAAUUCCAAUCUAUUAAAUUUGUAUAUUCAGUUGAAUCAAAAUGGUGAUACUUCAAAGCACCUUACUGUUUACACCAACACUCACAAUUAUAUUGUCUCAGACGCGCUUUGAUAACCAAGUUAUCGUCUUCAGAGACUGACGGUAAGCUGUUUAGCGUCAGUAUUUGAAGACGAUAACUUGAUUAUCGAAACGCGCAUCAGAUAGUAUAAUAUGAGUGGUGGUGUAAACAGUGUGUUCAAUAUGAAUAUCACCAACGGUUCCAGAAAUUCCAACUUAGUUCAAAGCACUUCACAUUUUCAUUAGAUUUCGAUCUAGCCGCCAUAAUUCUUCUAGGCCCAAGUUCCCUAAUAUGUUUUCUGGAUAAGUUACUAUUGCUAGAAUAAUAUUUUUUGAGUGGACAACCAACGUAUUUCUUUGAAUAACUGGACCAAUGACAUGUGUUUCGAGGUACCUAGUUUAUUUGAUGAAUGUCCACAAAUGAAUAGCUCAUUCCUUGUAAAGGUUUCACUUUGAUGUUGAAACAAAUUCGGCAAGAAGUUUUAAGAUUUUACACGAGACGUAUAAACGUAAAAUUCUAUUCGCAGUCCUUAACCAGUGAGAAUGAGCAACUUUUCCUUUUUUUUGUCAAGCCUUUUGAAGAUACUCCGGUUAAUACUGUUUGAAAAAUUUUAAAUAAGCACUCAAGUCUUCCCAAUCAUUUUCUGGCAAAAUCAAUUCAAUUUUUUCAUUAUUUGUAAUUGAAAGCUCUUUACAAUUUUCAAGCUGUUUGCCUAUUGGAUCAGAUAAUCCUCUAGGACCCCUCAAAAUAUUGAAAUAGGUGCCGUGCCUCAAAGGAAGUUCAUUUGCAUGUAGUAGACAAAUUUCUAGUAUUUUGAUAAUUACCAUUCAUAGUAGUACUACCGUAAAACAUACGAAUUUAACGCAUUAUCGGGACCAAGGUCAAACCAAACAUUUUUUAAUUAGUAUAUGAGGUAGAUUAUAAAUUAAAGUUAUUUUCGUUAUGCGGAAAGGAAAUAAAAGGAAAUUUCCACUAUUAUAAAACAUUAUUCGAGACUUCGUUGUCAAGUUCCACCCUGUUCUACAGUCUGGAAUCUAAACACAGUGUUUACUACCACAUUUCGGUAUUUACGCAAAAUGCCAGGAGUUACACGAAUGCGUAGUAGACAUAUGAUUUUUAUUAUAUAUGUAUAUUAGUAUAUUAUAAACAUUUAAAAAAGUUGUCGAACCGAACUGCUUAUGAAGUUUUACUGGUCAUAUAAGUGCAAAAUUUUAUUAUUUUUCUAACCGAACCACCUCUAAAUGCAACAACAAAAAAAGCCAAAAAACUCUAAAGAAUGUCACCUCGAAUAUGUUAAAAAUCAUGCUAACAGUGUGGCAAUGCAAGACACUGACUUAUUGUAACUACCAGAAUUUCGGGAAAAUACCGGUUCUGUUUACUACCAGUACACCAACAAUUAUUUUUACAUACUUUCUGAUGUGUGUGUUAGUCUUCAGAGACACUCCCCGAUCUCUGAAGACAUAACACGCGAAAGUGUGAUUGUGAGUGUUGAUAUAGUUCAGUAUAAACAUCACCAACCAAUUUUGAGCCUGUCAUCUUAUUCAUUAGCUGCUUUUCAAUUUAGAAAGCACCAAACCCAUGGGUUCAACGCACACAAGAAUCAAUUGGAACCAACUUCGGUGAGCUUUGUGUCAAGUGUCAAAUUUUAAAACAUACCUCACAUUUGUAAAUUGGUCGCAUUCAGUGGACGAAACCGUUGUGCAACUUUUAUAGAACCCUAGCGGAAUCGUUAGGUGAGAGAUACGCUAAAAACUCAACACGUUCUGGAACAGACGCCAUGUUUUGGAGAUUUUUUAAUUUGUGCUAGGUAAGGGUAGCGGAGCUGAAAAGUGAACAAAAAUUGACACAGAACCAAACUACAAAUUUGUUAAAUCAACUGUUUUCUGUGAUCAAGUUGUAACCUUAUCAGAAAAAAAUUGUUUGAAUUCGGUCAUGAGAAUGAGGAAAAUUAAUUAAAGAAUUUAAUUUUGAAUUGUAAUGUCCGUUUUUAUAUACAUUUAAAAGUGAUUGAGUGCCGAUUACACAUCGUAAUUCUUAGAAAAAAAAACUAGUCCAAGUAACACCACAUAAUGGAACACUCUUUAAGUUUAAUAAAAAUAAUUUCGUUUGAAUAUACUCAACAAAAAUGUAAAAAAUACACUUGUCAAAAACUCAUAAUUUACAUAAAUGUUCAAGAUACCGAUAGGUGGCAGUAGCGCUAAGCGCUGCAUCCGCUGAAUGCGACCAUUUGUUGCCGUGUCCGAGAUACCAGAUACUCGAUUAAUUUAAUACAAAAUAACUUUUUACUAAAGAUUACCUUCUUUAUUAAGAAACAAUGCGUAAUAUGAACUUGUUUAUGCAUCCAAUAAUGGUCGCAUUCAGCGGAUGUAGCGCUUAGCGCUACUGCCACCUAUCGGUAACGGUAACGGUCUUGUUAGUUUAUAACAGAUAUAUUUUCAAAACGGAGACUAUUUUGGUUGCUUUUAUUGAACUUAACAAGUGUUACAAUUAAAUGGUAAAUGUGCAAGUACUUUGUCUAAUUUCUUUUCAAAUAAUUAUGAGGUUCAUUCAUCUCUCACACACUUUUGUAUGUAUAUAAAAAUUGUCAUUAUAAUUCAAAACGAAAUUAUAGAGAAUAAUUCAUGCAGUUCUAAAUUAUUUAUCUUAUCUUAAUCGACGGUUCAAUCAUUUUUCUUCUAUGAAAGGUUACAACCAUAGACAUAGUUGACGUUUGAUCUCAGAUGUAACAAAUUUCACUUCCGCUACCCCGACCUAUCACAAAUUAAUGGAGGGUAGAGGUGAGGAGAACCAUCUCUGUGCUACAGAAAGUGUCCAUCAAAUCCUUCAUGUUAGGGAGGCGCUACUAUAGCACAAGUUUAAAGAAAGAUAAUGACUUCGGCGUCCUACUUGAGUUACUUUUUAUUUUACGUCCACUCGGACAACUUUUCACAGAGUAAACUUUUCCCAUUAUGUUUCUAUUGUCUAUGAUAAUUGACACUUCAUAAUUACUUGCAAAAACUCUUACAAAUUCACAAUAAUUAAUUAACAUUCAGCGUUAUCUCACAGUAGCUUUUCUAGGUUAUAUUUACAAAAUUAUUUUAGACUACGUGAAUAGUUUAGAUUUUGUAUACCAAUAUUUAAUUAACGACUCUAGUCAUUUGAAAUAUUAAAUUUUCUAUCUCUGCAUACUUCACUCUAUCCAAAAUAACUAAGUUCAUAUGAUAUCUGGUCCGACAGAAGCGCCAUUCUGGUAAAAUUUUGAAUUAUAAUUUAUCGUCUACAAGCAGUAGACAGUUUUUAAGCUAAACUCCCAUAUGAGACGGUCCCCUUACCUCUAACCUCCACACACAAAUUAAAAGCGCUCACAAGCUUGGCGUCCGCUCUAGAACGUGUUGAGUUUGUAGCGUAUGUGCCACCGAACGAUUCCGUUAGGGUUGUACAACGGUUUCGUUCGCUGAAUGCGUCCAAUGUAAGACAAUAUUUUUUUUAUGGCCCGAUUAAGAUUUCAAAACACAAAUGUAAUUAUAAAUAACUGCCUACACAACCUCAAUUUUACAGUUUGUGUUUAAAGCGUAAUUUAGAAGCUCAUGAAGCCGAAGCAUUUAUCUGGUGCUCACGUUCUCAAUUGUGUGCUCAAAUUGUGCAAUUGGAAAGCAACUAUUGUUAAACUUUAUUUAGCAAUCUAAGUUUUAGAUACAUCAUCAGAUUAUUUAUAGAGAAAUAAUAUCAUUUUUAAAUGAUUCAUUGUGAGAAAUCAAACUAAAACACAGCUUUCACCCUUGGAGCCAUUUUAAGUACAAAUUGACUAGUAUAAAAUACAAUGAAACUUGUUCGGUAUGCAGCGGUGGCUAGCACUAAAGUUCCAAUACGAUAUGGCCAUGUCUAAGGACAGUUCUAAGAAAUACAAUGAUAGUAAUUUUUUUGAAUACACACCCAUUUCACAAUUCACGAGUCGCAACUGUCGGUAGAUAUAAUUUGAAUUUAAACAAGUUUUAUUGGACGUCUGCUAUUUAGAAUAUACGAGGAGGUGUGGUUAUUCAAAUAUUAAAAAAGUCAAUUUGUUUUAAUUUGAAGUAGUCUGAGCAGAUCUCAAAAUAUUUUUUAUCCUUAGAAAUUUUAGUUUUUGAAUUUUUUAAUAGUACUGAUUAGGACUGAAUCGAUUUUUAUUAUGUUCGAUUUAUUUAUAAUGUUUGUUAUUGUAAGAUUUCAAAAUCUUUCUAGAUGUUCUGAAUUUUAUUUAUAUUUUAUAGUAUUUAUAAUUCUGUUAUUUGACAAACUAUAACCUAAAAAAUCAACAUUUAUAUAAAUGCCUAUAAAUUAAUACAUAUUUAUAUUGGUGAUGGUUAAUAUUUAUAUUUUAAUGAACAUAGUUAUUAGGUACAGGCUGUCAAACGUAAGAUGACCCAUAUACAGUUUGUGGGUCACCUUAUGUUUGACACCCUGUACAAAAGGCAUAUCUUAAAAUUUUCUAUUGAAUGUGGGCUGUGUGUUUUUACUUUUACUAGCCAUUAAUUUUUUUUCUAAUUUGAUUUUUGCUUCUUGUUCAACUAUGAAAAUCAGUGUAAACUCAGUUUUGUAGGCAUUGUAAGAAAAAUAAAAAUUUGUGGAGAAUCGUUAUUUGCAAUACAUUACCUGUGAUUUUUUUGCUACUUUUUGUACAUAUUAGGUAUUGUAUCUUAUGCGACAAUAUUCGUCAUUACUUGAAAAUUUAAAACAUCUUUUACAAAUUUAAAAUUCCUGAAUCAUUACAAAUAUUCUGUGUACGUACAUAACAGUUUUAAUAAAGAUUUUAAAGAAAAA